UUCACAUAUAUACACACAGCCACAAGACAUUGACGGCAAGAAGUGGUGAGCCAAAGACAUAGCGAGCAACCUGGCUCAUGUAGUUUGGUGAAAUGAAUUAGUGUUCAAACGGUGUGCUACGACACAUAUCGCAUUAACUCGUUAUUCCGUGCAUUCCAAACAUUGGAUUGAGAUCAAAAUAUGUCGUUUAGUUUACAGUUUGGUUUCGAAUCACAUCGAUCACAUUUCAGCAAUACGAUUUUGAUUAAAACAGUGAUUUUCAUAUUAUUUUGAGAAAAGAAAAAACGAACCUACAGUGGCGUUUUGGAAGCAAAUUAAUUUGUGUAUUUUGUGUUCAGUGUGGAAUUUUCGCGAUCGAAAAAGCUAGUUUUGGCACGAGGAACCUACAUACAUAAAAAAAACCGUUGGAUAAGACAAAAAAUAACACGUUAGUGAAUGAACCUAAUUUAAGCCACAAAGCCACAUAGGCGCUAAGAACGGGAAACAAACAUACACACAAAUACGUUUGCGACAAACAACGUAAAAUUGUUGAAAAGGUGAAUGCGGAAGAUAUUUUCAUUUCAUUGAUUGCAACCAAGAAAGAAAUCCGAUACGACACAACUGGACAUUCAUCAUAUAUAGACACGAAGCGGUAGUCAUACAAAAGCGAAGUAAAAAACAAAACCCGAAAGAGUCAGGGAAAACCAGAAGAAGAGUGGAAGAAACAAUUACAACAAAAGAAAGACAGAUAAAAAUGAAAGAAACAGCGUCUUAGCAUAUAUGCUCGUGCGCGAAUGUUCAUAAAACGCUUUUGCAUACUAAAGUAGACGGCAUGACUGCUUCAAGUAUGACGUAUCAAUAGCAUUGAUUGUCAGUUGUUUAUCUUUCUGGCGAGAGAAAGUGUGUACAUUUUUGUUCGAUUCGUGUUUACGCCUAUAUUGAACGCUGAGAACGGGCCACAAUAUCAACAUUGUCAUAAAAAAUAGAAGAAGAAAAAAAUCGGCGACCAAAGCAACAGAUAAAGCAAAGAAAAAACAGCAAUAAAAAUAGAUGAUAAGCUGGAUUGACAUUCAGAUUUCAUGUUUCUGAUAUAAAAUUCGGAAAUAUUUUCACACAUCAAACACAUCCGACAUGUGUCAAAAACGAGUCAACUGGCGGCAAUACACACUUUCGAUUUUGCUGCUAAUUAUUGUCUUGGCAUCAAACUCAAGUCAACAUAAACUAUUCAGUUCGCCUCAGCCCUUUCAACGGUAUUCCAAAGCGGUAGACAAUGAUCAAAAUGGAUUUAUGCCCAUUUUUCCGCCAACCGAAUACACUUCGGUUGCCACUCCUGCUGUACUUGGUUCUGCAGUUCCUUUUUCUGUAGCUCCUUCUGUAUCUGUCACGAAUUAUGAAGAACCCGUGACGAUAUUGAAUCCAAUGGAAACAGUGGAAGUCGAGAGGCGCAUUGAUACCGAUGAAACAUCCGGUGAAACAGAGGAUUCAAAUGAUACAGAAGCAAUUCGAAGUAUCAAUCAAAGCCUUCAGGAGCUACACGAGAUGACAAUGGAUUUCUUGACUAUAGUCAAACAGAAUGGCAUCCAAAAGCGAUCGGUCGACCAGCAACGAAACUUUAUCACUGACUAUUUGCUCAGCGAUCAAGUUAUCAAUCGUGUGAAGAAAUUUACGGAAAAGUAUAUUUUCCAGGCGGGAAGCAGUUCGGCAAUACAAAACAUUGUGCCAGCCGGUGGCCGUUUGUUCUUCUUUAAAGGCUUUAAAAAGUUGAUGUGGCCAAUCUUUAUCGGCGUUCAAGUGGCAAAAACCGUGCUGCUGGCCAUGUUUCUGCCGAGCAUUAUCGGAUCAAUAGGCAAAAUGGUUGGAAAAGGUCUUUUAUCAUCGUCGGGAGUUGGUCAUCCAGCUGAAACGGUCGAUGAUUUCGAAUUCAAAGAUAAUCCACCACCCGAAGAACCGACUGGAACUGGUAUUGGAUACAAUUAUCCAGCCCAACCGCAAUUGACUGCCAAUCAUGCAAACGUCGACCCUAGUGCAUACGACACCGCACCGGCUGCCAACAAUAUGCUGUCAAUGUACGAUAUCGCCGAACCGAAACCACAAUUUACGCUCGCCAACACAUACGCAAUGCCGGAGUAUGCACAAAAUUCGCGGAAAGAAACGCUGCAGAGCAAAAAAGACGAUUUCAAAGUGUUCCAUGACAUUCCAGCGUCAUCGAUGCUACUCACCAAUUAUGAUCCAUUUUACAGUCCGUUGCUGUCGCGACUGGAUGCCGUCUUCCAUCAGCUCAACCUGGCCGGCGGUAAUGAAGCGUGUCGUGAAAAACUUGUCUGUCUGAUGUAUGCAAGUCCGGCCAAAUAUAUGCCGUACAGUAAUUUAGUAUCAGCGCAAUUAAGUCGAGAAUUGAACGAAUUACGAAAACCGACCAGUGACAACGUGGAGAUAUUGCGAUUCUUCAAGUAUAUGCGAGCAGCACGGGACGGACAAGAUGGAAAGAACUGCCAUAAUAUUUAUAAAAAAUGCUCCAGUUCCGAAGACACCGACCAACCGGCCAUGCUCACCACAUACAACGACAUCAAUAAAUUGGUGCAGGCCAGAAAAAUGCAUUAAACCAUGAACAAAGCAAUCAAUCAGUGUGUGUAUUGUGCAUCAAUGUGUGACUAAAAUGUCAAUGCAAGAAUUCUACGAGAAAAAAAAAACAAAGAAGAAGAAGAAGAAUCCAGUGAAACUAUUGAGAAUGCACUCCGAGUGAUGUGAACAGAAGAAACAAAAGAAGAAUGAAAAGAAUACGAUUCAUUUUUGCCCAGACCCAGUGACAUGAAAAAAAGAACUCUAGAAAAAUAUUGUGAAUUUUGGGGUCAAAAAAUUAACAAUUGGUUGCAUUAUACACAAAAAAAAAAUACACCGACGUCGUCACCGUUGGCGGAGUGCAUAUCUUACUUUGCCACAUGAAAUAGACUUUGCUCCGUAUUGGAGUUUAGCAAAAGAAAUUGAAUUCGAUUUGUGUACAUAGUUGCUAGUUUGUUUAAUAGAUGCAUAGACAUUCCAAAGUAUAAUCUAGAUUAAAUGAAUUUUCCAUUUCGAACGGAUUCCAUCGGAAUAUUUUCACACCAUUCAAAUCAAACUUUACAUAGAUAUUUUCGGGUUUUCCUCGUCAAGAAGGUCAAUGUUGGAGUUUGAUAUACAAAUUUAGUGAUUUACUAGUGUCUAAAUGAGUGGAAAGAAAUGAAAUGAAAAAACAAAGAAUAGAACCAUCUUAGAAUUAAAACCAACGAUUUGGCCUUCAUUUCACGACACGGCAGUGUGAAAUAUAACGAAAUUAAAAAAAUAGCCAUUUUAAUUUAUUGAAUUCAAAAUUCGUGUUAAAAUUAUUUAUUUAUUUAUUCGGUGAAAAUUUAAGCUAUUUAUUGCCUUCCAAUUAGAAAUAUUUAUGAACUUAGAUAGAUGACAAAAAAAAGCAUUAAUUCAAUAAAGAGCGUGUAUUAUGUAAUGUAG